AUGGCCGUUUUUUCACCUUCCGAGAUUGAUCUUCUUCGUGGAACUUGGGAUGAUGAUAUAGCAGAAGAUACUCCAGGUUGUUCUGUUUUGUUCUCAUCUUCGACAUUCUGGGUUCAGAUAUAUGAAAAGCUACUUACAGAUCAUCCAGAUUUGGGCAACAUUAUUCCAAGUGUGGACCAUCAAACAGUGGCCUUUGCUUCUCUUGUUUGUACAGCAUUAGACAAUCUUGAAGAUCUAGGUCGAAUGGAUGAAUAUCUUAUGAGACUUGGACGUGUACACACAAGAGUUGUCAAUGUUAAAAAAGGAUACCUUGAGGCCAUGGGAAUUGCCAUCAUUGAUGUGUUGGAGCUUCGAGCCAUGCCUGUUCAGCAGAUAAAAUUAUGGUGUAGGUUAUAUGAAUAUAUUUCAAGUAAGAUGUAUCAAGGGGGUUUGGACCCUCCUGUUAUUUCAGAUGAAAUGAACAGAUCUUCGAAUCCAACAUUUUUCAUGGAAGACUUGAAGAGACCUUCUGACAAUGCUUCCGUGUCAGACUCUUCUUCAUCUCCAAAUUCAAAAACUGUCUUCUCCAUAGCUGAUGAUCAAACGUCAGAUGAUUCUACAGAUGCGUCUUCUAUGGUGAGCUUUCAGCUUGAUAAUAGCUAUGCUGAAAAUUGUGAUUUAAUGAAGAAGAGGAAGAGCCACAACUUUAUGGAAUCGAAAGAUCGUGGAAACUUCUUCAAAUGGCUACAACGGAGGGUGCAGUAG